UAGUACUCAUUCAUGGCUACAUGAAGACAGCCUCCCCUCCAGCGAGGAGAAUGUCAUCCCCAGGAGGGAGUAUCAAUCUGCUGUGGCCAUAUGCAAGUCCCUAAGAGAGCUGGACGGUGGUCCAUCAAAGUAUCUGCGGGAUGCGGGGAUGCAGGCUGCUGGUCGCGGGAGCGUCGGAGGAAAAGGUGCAUCUCGGGCGCAUUACAGUAUAACGCCAUCAGACGCGCUUUAGGUCUUAACUCCAGCCACAGUGGAACAUGCUUCGUUAAACAGCCCUGGCCAUAGGUUGUGUGGGCCGUGCGUGUAAGGCCAGCCAAUGGAGCCCGAGAGGCAGGCUAACGUCACCCAGGACGACCUUUUUGGGUCGGACACAAAUUCCAGCAAGUGCUGCUCGUCCACGUCAGCGGUGCUGAGCGAGGGCGCCCUGGAGGACAGCACGAAGCUCGUGGGAGUGCAGGUGGUGCUGAUCCUAGCCUACAGCACCAUCAUCCUGCUGGGGGUCAUGGGGAACUCCCUCGUCAUCUACGUGGUGUACAAGUUCAAGACACUGCGCACGGUCACUAACUUUUUCAUAGCCAACCUGGCGGUGGCCGAUCUGCUGGUGAACACGCUGUGUUUGCCGUUCACCCUGGUUUACACCCUCCUGGAAGAAUGGAAAUUCGGGCAGGUCCUGUGCUUCACGCUGCCCUACGCCCAGGGUCUGGCAGUGCACGUUUCCACGGUAACCUUGAACGUCAUAGCUCUAGACCGCCACAGGUGCAUAGUGUAUCACCUGGAGACCAAGAUGUCCAAGGAGAUGUGCUUUGUGGUCAUCGGUAUAACGUGGACAAUCAGCGCCGUGCUGGCCAGCCCGCUGGCCAUUUUCCGGGAGUACACCACCUUCGACUUCUCGCCGGAGCAGUCUAUCCAGGUGUGUACGGAGAAGUGGCCCGGGAGCAACAGGGACGGCACCGUCUACAGUAUCUCCGCGGUCAUCCUGCAGUACGUGCUGCCCCUGUCCAUCAUCUCCUUCGCCUACGUACGCAUCUGGAGUAAACUCAAGAAUCACGUCAGCCCGGGGGCGAGGAACGACCGCCACCACAGGCGGAAGAAGACCACCAAGAUGCUGGUCACCAUGGUGGUGGUCUUUGCAGCCAGUUGGCUGCCUUUCCACGCCUUCCAGUUGGCCACCGACAUCGACAGCAGCGUGCUGGACAUGAAGGACUUCAAGCUGCUCUACACGAUGUUCCACAUCAUAGCCAUGUGCUCCACCUUCGCCAACCCCAUCCUUUACGGUUGGAUGAAUAGCAACUACAGAGCGGCCUUUACGGCAGUGUUUAAAUGCGAGCGCAGACUCCGCUCCGUCCAGCAGGAGACUCACAGCAGAGUCCAUACCAAAGGGCCACCAGAGGCACAAGACCCGAACUUAAAUGCUACAAAUGUUUAAACUUAUGGCUUGAAUUGUGCUGAGGGAUAUUUUUGCCACUGUAAAUUCCUUCGGAUGUAUGAUUUAUUGGCUCGCUGUGGCACUCGUUCUCUCCUGCUUUACCGCGUAUACAGUACUGUGCAAAAGUCUUAGGCGUCCAAAGAAAUGUUUAAAGGUGUUUAUCUGGGUAGCAAGUGUACUUUGGCUUAGAACAAAGAACACAAUUUAACAUUAGAACGUGUGCAAAUUAAGAGUAACACAAUAAAAACUAGUAAUAAUUUCUUCUGUUUUCUAAAAAGUUACUGAUAUCUAGUUGGAUGGCUAGAUGAACACCGCUUCAGUUCCCAAACUUCUCUUCAGGCACCUCAGCCAUUCCAUGAUUUUGUUAAAUUUCACCAACAGCUCAGUUGAAUAGUUAAAUAUAUUGGUUUAAAAAGUCAGUGACAGACUGACUAGCUGUAUGAGGUUUGCUAGUGGCCAAGUCAAAAAAUACAUGGCUGCACUGGACGGUCGCUGCAAAUACCAGGAUGAUUUUAGCAGAGGUUCUGAAAUGGCGAAGCUGACACACUUUGACAGGCAUAAUAUCACAGUUUUACACCAAC